CACCCUGAUAUUGCUCUUAUACGUGGUCAAAAUAACUGUUCGGCAGCACUAGCAAGUAUUAAUUGUAAUUCUAAUGUCACACUAGUGACUGCGCAUUUUUUACUUUUUCCAUUUAUUGAACUUCUUGAACGUCUUGCCACUUCAUAG